AUGGGCUGCUCAUGUGAAUCCAAGACGUCGAACGAGGGUUGCAAGUGCGCUGGAGACUGCAAGUGUACAAACUGCCAGUGCCCUUCGUGCCCCAAGAAGGCAGCAGGUUGCAGUUGUUCGCAGCCUGGUGAAGGAUGCAAGUGUGCCGGCGACUGCAAGUGUGCGGAUUGCAAAUGCCCCUCGUGCCCUUCUAAGAAGGCAGAGGCGUGCAACUGUUCGCAGCCUGGUGAAGGAUGCAAGUGUGCCGGCGACUGCAAGUGUGCGGAUUGCAAAUGCCCGUCGUGCCCGAAGAAGGCCGCGGGUUGCAGCUGCUCGCAGCCUGGUGAGGGAUGCACGUGUGCCGGCGACUGCAAGUGCACGGACUGCAAGUGCCCCUCGUGUCCGAAAAAGGCAGCAGGAUGCAGCUGCUCGCAGCCCGGUGAGGGAUGCACAUGUGUCGGUGACUGCAAGUGUGCAGACUGCAAGUGCCCUUCGUGCCCCAAGAAGGCGGCGGCGUGCCGCUGCUCGCAGCCCGGUGAGGGAUGCACGUGCGCUGGCAACUGCCAGUGUGCCGAGUGCAAGUGCCCGUCGUGCCCGAAGAAGGAGACUAAGGACUGCAACUGCUCGACGCCCGGCGACAACUGCGAUUGCGCUGGGAACUGCCAGCUAGGCCUGCCAGCACAGGAAACUUUCUCAUAA